AUGUCUUUAGCGUAUAUUUCUCAACAAACUAUCGUUUAUAGUGGAAUAGGUUUUCUCCUUUUCGGAGUACUUGGGAAUACAAUCAACAUUUAUAUCUUUUCCAGUGUUUCGAUAUAUCGUCGAACACCUGCCUCAUUUUAUUUUCUCAUUGAUUCAAUCUUUAAAAACGUAUAUUUACUUGUCAAUCUCACACCACGUGUCAUUGGGCAUAUCUAUGGAUAUGACUUUGCUAAUAUUUCACUACUGUGGUGUAAAUUUCGUCAAUCAAUCUUGAUAAUGUCGGCUGCGAUAUCACUAACACUGACAACUUUGUGUGUCAUUGAUCAAUAUUUGGUGACAUCAUCAAAUCCAUCAAUUCGACGUCUAAGUCGAAUCCAAGUGUCUUAUCGAGUUGUUAUCAUCGCUGUAAUCGUUUGGUUUCUUCAUGCCAUUCCAUUCUUUGUAUUUUAUGGCAUAUCACCAACCACGAAAACAUGUGCAAGUAUGAAUUCUAUUCUUGCCAAUUAUAUUUCGAUAUUUUUUCUGGCUAUUCUCUGUAUAAUACCGAUAUCGUUGAUAUGUUUCUUUGGAUAUUUAACUUAUGAAAAUAUUCGUCGAACAAUCGCACUCGCGGAGCAACAUGCCGAUCGACAAUUGAUCAAAAUGACUUUUUCACAAGUAAUUUUCGCCUUCUUUUACUCUACUCCAUUGGGCAUUCUCUAUUUGUAUUCUGCGAUAACAUCUUCUGUUGUCAAAGAUCCUGAUCGAAUGCUGAAAGAAUAUUUUGCUUAUAUGAUUAUCAGUACUGAAAUCACAUUUUACUAUGCGUCAAGUUUCUAUGUAUUCCUGUUCUCGUCGAGUCGUUUCCGACGAAAUGUCACACAACGAUUAUUUGGAGAACGAUCCAGAAACAAGAUUCGUCCAAAGAUCUCCAGAUCGAUGACAUGA